UGGAUGCUAGCUUUAUAAUUCUGUAUGCUAAAAAGUUAUUCUAUCAAUCCGAGUAGGUAGCUAUUCGUAUAUAUUCCCCUUGAGAUAAGAUACGCUACUCGGCUAUUAUACACCAUGACACUAUUCAAGUGGUGGAAGCAUAGUGACGUAUCACUGUCGUUAGGUCAGAAGGAAGACUUGCGGUCCAGCUCUCUCUCAGCAGUGGGGGAAAGUGGCACAUCCUCUCUUUCCCCUUCUGAGCGGUUCCAACGGGUAACUCCCGAGAAUAUUCAGCACGUUACGCCCAAAGACGUGAGGCGUAUUCAAGAAAAUCUUACUAUGGCGGACUUUGAAGCUGCAAUGCGUUAUAUGCUUCAGGAGAACCGUUUUGUGGAUGUUAUUACUUACAGCAACUCUGCAGCGUGGCAGGAAGCUGCGCGUGACGUGAAGCCGGUACAGAAGCAGCUUAUUUGUAGUUUAAUAAGAGAGCGCAUCAGUUUCUUGUACAACGUUUUGCCCUUUGUGUCGGAAAGCUUCCUACAGCAAAUGGCGUCGCUUUUUAAGACUAAAACCAAUCAUAACGAAACACGAUAGUUUCUUGAAGAGUGUAUUAGUUCUUAUUCCUUUUAGAAGUAUACUCCUGUAGAUGCAGAGGGGGCUGCGUGCAGUA